AUGUCCUCGCCCAAGAUCACCUUGUACACCAACCGCGGCUGCCCAUGGGCACACCGCGCCCACAUCGCCCUGAAGGAGGUUGGCGUGGAAUACGAGGAGGUCACCAUCGACCUGACCGUGCCCCGCGAGCCGUGGUAUUUGGAAGUGAACCACGUACGUGAUACUAAUUGGAACUUUGGAAAAUCGCCUUCCUCGCCUUGUCUCUACCCAACAUACAUGCUGACCCAGUACCUCUGUCUCCAGCGCGGUCUCGUCCCGUCCCUCAAGUAUAACGGCAACAUCAUCAUUGAAUCUGGCAUCGUUGCCCAAUUCAUAGCCGAUGCCUUCCCCUCCCACCUCUCCCCUCCAUCCGGACCCGCGGAGAACGCCCUAUACCGUGCCCAACAGGCCGUCUUCAUCGACGCAUUCAUGAGCAAGGUUGUCCCGAACCUGUUCACCAGUCUGCGCGCUGGAAGUGAUGCGGAGCGCGAUGCUGCUGCCCAGGCUGCCCUAGUCGCCAUUCAGAAGGAGGUCGAGCCUCUGCUGGCUUCGACCGAGGGCAAGGGUCCGUUCUUUGGAGGUAGUGAUAAGCUGACUCUGGCGGAGGUUCAAACUGGUUCUUUUAUCCUGCGCCUGCUGGCAUUCAGUAAGCCUGAGCAUGGCCUUGUUAGCGCUAAGUUUCCCAGCCUCUUGGAGCAGACUCCGCGAUUCAAGCGCUGGGCGGAGGCUACUGCUGCACAUGAGAGUGUCAACUUCAUUUUUGAUGAGAAGGAUGUGGCUGAUCGUAUGCGGGCUAAGUUUGCUCCUAAGGUCUAG